AUGGAGAACCCCCAUGCCGAGCGCCAGAACGUUCUCAUCCAGCGCAUCAUCAAGAACGCUGAUAAAUGCACGGAAGCCAUUCUCGAACUCAACCGUUGUCUCGAGGAGAUCAUCCAGGCGGAUACGCACGUAAAGACCGCCGCCGACCUCGUCACCAAGUACCGCAAGAACGUGCAAUAUAACCUCGAAGCCACUCGCACCGCAGCUGCGGAGUAA